AUGGACCAUCUAUCUUCUUCGUCGCCCAAGACGAGCGCGAUUCAAUUUACCCAGCAAUCUGCCAGCACCUUCCAUCAGGAUGUUCCCAGACAGACCUACACCACUGCCGGUACCAUCUACAACCCCAACAACGCCCAGCCGCUCCAGCCUCCCGUUCGUCGCGCCAGGUCUGUCAAGUGGCCUCUCCCAGGAGGUCCUGCCUCCGAACUGUCUCUCUUCCCCAAGUCAGCUCUUUCCAGCCUGUCCUUGAUGAAGCCUCAGCCUCUCUGCACGACACCUAUCAGUCCUCUUCCCAACCAAAUCCCCAAAUACUCGCCUCUUCAGCAAAACUACGACCGCGCUGUUAGCCCCGGCACUGAUCACAGCCGCGAGUCUCCAAUUGAUCUGGAUAUCCGAAGCCUUUCUACAUCUCGCGUAUCUUCUUUCAACAUGGCCACCACCACCACCACCCAGCUGGCUUCCCCGAUGGAGGUUGCCCUACCCACCCCUAUCUCGGACAAGCAUGUCAACGAUCACGACUCCAGUGACGAGGAGGAUGACGACGCCCUGGGAGAGAAUCCCUUCAAGGGCAUGACCGUCAAGUCUCUUCAGAACCUAGCUUCGUACCCCAACCCUAACCAGAGGAGAGCUCAGAAGGCGCUUCUUCGGGCUCGUCCGGGCGUCACUCCCGCCCCUUCCAUUGGAACCAACGCCAGCCGCUCCACCACUCCCGCAUUCAGUGGAUAUUCCUACGGAGACAUGUCCGACAUGGGCAUCGACGGCUCGCACUCUCCAGGUCCAUUCCAUAAUGCCAAGCUCGAUCCUACCGAUGUCCUCAGGGUGCAUGUUGACUUCAACAAGCACACAUCAGACGUUGCUGGUGGUUGGAGAUCUGCCCCCGUCAGCAAUGACAUCGCUGGCCCUUUCAGACAGUACAAUGCCCUCCCUCAGAGAGGUACUCAAGUUGGAGCGUACAAGUCUAGCCUGGCAACUGGUCCUGGCGCUCCUUUGCCGUUGACUGCCGGCCCUCCUGGCCAGCGCCAAUACCGCACGCCGACAUUCGAGUCCGCCAUGAAAGCUCUCCAGGAUGGUCCCAAAUCUGAGAUUUCUGGCGAGGAGUCAGCUGCCGACUUUUACGCUGGGCCUCCCGGUCUACACAAGGCCUAUGAUAUCAUUCAGAACCCUGGCCCGGCGACCCCUGACCAUUUGAUCCACAGUCUGCCUGCGCUUCUUCGCGACUCGACGCCUGAUAAGGACGACUGGAUGGACUCGUUCGGACGGCAGACGUCUGCUGUGGACCUGGAGAAGAUGCUCGACGCUUUGACGAGUGAUGACAAGGCCACCAACGAGAAGCAAGGCUUCCAGCAGCCCGCAGACUUCAUGCCGUUUGGUAACGGUAACGGCAGCUUCAACGUUGGCGGCAACAGACGCACCGGCAAUGCGCCAUAUGAGAAGUACUGGCCUCCUCGCCCAGUUUGGAAGGCAGGAACGAGCCAGAUCUCAGACGAAGCGCUGGAAGCACGAAACGAACGUGUCAACCGUCUGUUCUACGCGGGCACUGGCGAGCUCGGUAAAAACAUGGAGUCCGUUAUGAGAGACGCCGAGUUCCGUCAAUUCAAGCGUCAAGUUGGAGUCAUUGGAGACGGUCGACCUAAGCCCAAGGCAGAGAAGGUCGAGUACCCGCACAUAUCUGCUCAACAGGUUAACAGCAUGACGACCAAGGAGGCCGCAGACCCUUUCAUCACCAUGGCCUUCUCGGCGCUUCUGAACCAGGUAGAGGCGGGUAUCAGCCAAGACAAAUUCCAUCAGUGGAAGGACCCGUCGCCUUCCCUGGUCGACAGAUCCGAAAAGGGACGUCAAUCGGUCUUUGGAAACUGA